AUGGAAAUAACCAGGCAUAUUUUAUUUUUUCUCAUCUUACACAUCUGGGCAUUCUACUGUUACGCUAAUGUGACUUCAUUUAAGGUAAGAGAGUCUGAGCUUAACUAAUGGUUUUAAAUUUUAUUCAGUUUUGUUGACCGGUUACUUGGGGCACGAGCGAAACUGGCUCGACACGUGGCCUCAUAGCUCAGCGCACUUUGUUGCUCAGUUUGCACUUGUUCUUCGGUGGCUGGAUGUUUUAAUCUUACGUUGACCUUUUUUAAAAGUGCACAGACAUUCGAGUAGAUAAAUCAGGACAAACUACCGAUGGAAAAGUUAUAGAAUGCGCUCACUUCCCCAUCAAAAAGUCGUCUUGGCACUCCGAAUGCCAGUUGUGAUUAUAGGAUUAGGGCUGAGAAAUUAUUUGGGCCCAACUCCAUUUGUCAGCGACUUAGUUUUACUAAUCAGUCAACAAAUCACUCUCAGACUGUCACCGACUAACGUUAUAGCUGAGUUAACUCAUUUACUUGAUGCGAAGCUUGCAUAAGUCAUGCUAAACGAAACAGCGUUUAAUUGCAAGGAAACUCAAUCGGCUUAACGUUUUCUUAUGCAAAUCAGCGCCAUGAAAACAAUGAAGUAAAAUGUUCUUGUAUUUCUGUUUGUAAGGUUUUGAAAACAAUGUCAUGCAAAUGUUGUCGGUGGGUUCUGAGUUUGGUUUGUUUUAAUAUGCUUAAAAGGUCCACAUUUUAAGGUAAAAACCGAGGUGGCUUUAGAAUUUAAUGGCAAUUAAGUAACCAUUAAGCUUCUGCCAGCAGAAGAAGAAGGCGUCCACGAAGCCUCAUGGACGGCACGUGGCGAACAAGGGUGGGAGGUCUAUUUUAUUUGACCCACACGGCUGGAACAAGACUGAAUCAAAAGUUUCGCCCGUGGCUGUUGUCAGCAUCAAAGGCAGUCCACACGAACAAGAAACAAGAGUGGUGUCUGUGCAUUCCAUGGAAAAAUUACGAAGAAGAGAAGAGAAGAGGAGGAGACGGAAAAAAAAGCAUAAGCUUAUGAGAAAGCUUAAGAGAUGGCGAGAGCAAAUAUACCCAGCAAGUGCGUUGGGGGUAAGUAAUUAUUCAGAAAACUUAAUGAUGUGUUUACUCAUGUUGGCCUGAAGCUCUUGGUUGCGCAAAUGUUUUGUUGGGUGAUGUCGAUGGCGGGUGUGUUUCUACUUGAACUAAAAUGCUCGCAAAGUAAAUUCAGAAACGCUAAGAGAUCUAUCUAAAUGUGCACGAGCGUUCCAUUAGUGUUUUCCCGUUGAGCCAUUUAAAAACUAAUUGGGAAAAAAUGACAUCUAAUUGUCCCGGAAUCUCCCGCUUAGCUUGCGUUUCAAUAGGCGGUUAUCCAUUUGCCUUAUCUAUUUCGUUAUAUUCUUUGAACUAAUACGUCAAAAUUAGAAAAUAUUAUUUUCACCAUUUGACCUUAGCAUACCUCAACUGCCAAAGAAGAUAGAGAACCUCUUUUUGUUUGUAUGAAGACAUAUCUUUGCACGGGUCAUUACACAGCAUGAAUGAGUGGGGUCGAAGCAGCUUAUCAAAUCCUUCUAAUGAUAGCCACGAUUGAACAUCUUUCUCAACACCCACUCUCGAAAAAGCGAACUCAACUUUUUACACAGAUAAAACUCAAAACUUGUACACAGGCAGAAACACGCAUGCAUAAUGUUGAAGCCAGUUUUAACGUUGUAAGCAGAAAAGUUUCGCUUGGUUUCAGCUGAAUUCAAUGAGUUUUAUGGAUUUCCGACAAAACAUAUUUGAAAGACUAAAACUCGGCUGGUGGCGAACUAAAAUACUAAUGUAAGAUAUUAAUAGAAUAUCAAUGUGAAAUAUUGAUAGUAUCCGUGAUGUUUUUCAAAUCAUCACAGACGUGAGAGAGCGGUAAACGGUUUACUGAUCAGAGGGUCAAGACAGGGGAGCCAUGACGAAGCAUAAAUUCGAAAAAAAAAAAAACAGUAAAGGCACACGGCAGAAUUAUUUAUUUUGCACACGCGACUGGAAAGCUAGGAAAUGACCUCUACUAAUCACCUAUUCCACUUCUUUGACUGCUUGGUUAAUCUACAUGAUACACAGAGAGUAUAGUCUUGGCCUCCCAUGUUCCUUAAGUUCCAGUUCAAAGUCCUAUUUUGCUGAAACAGAGCUGUGAUAUGGUGACUGAACUCGUGUAAAAUCUGUCCUUCAUUCGUGUUUUUGGCUGCUUUCUGUUUUUUUGUAAGUAAAUUAGUUCACCCUAUGGCCAAAUAUCUCCUGGUAAUUAACAAAAAAUAAUAAAAUAAAAUAAUUAAUUUCUAAAGACUCUAUUCUGUCCUUCAUUCGUGUUUUUGGCUGCUUUCUGUUUUUUUGUUAGUAAAUUAGUUCGCCAAAUAUCUCCUGGUAAUUAACAAAAAAAUAAUAAAAUAAAAUAAUUAAUUUCUAAAGACUUUAUUGAUAAGACUAAGUAAUAUUUCCACUUUUAAGCCCGCUGUCAAGUGCUACACCUGCGAAUUGAUCACUUAAGGUAACAACUACCUUGAGAGAAUAUCACGGUAUCAGAUAUAUCAUAAACUAUAUCCGGUCAUCGCCGUAGGCAACAACUUUAUGACAAUGUAAAUUGCGGAGGCGUGGGUCAAAGAACAAUAAGCUCGCAUGGCAAAAUGACUGAAGGGUGACUGCUAACAAACUUUAAUGAAAUUUUUGUUUGAGGUUCAGUGACUUAAAACACCCGCAAGUCAAUAUAUGCAAACAUUAUUGACAGAGGGAAGCAAUAUCCCUGUUAGCAUUAGAGCGCUUCAACACAAAGCCACUGACGCCCAAUGCAUUAAUUCGAACUAGACGACACCUGCUAAGUUUCCUCUGCCCUGUAGACCAUACAUAAGCAGCGUGAAACUCAGCAAAUUUGAAACUUUGGCAGGAAGCAAGAAUUUAUUUGACAAUAUUUAUUAGUAUGUCUUUUCACAUUUUAUAGAAAAUUGUAUUGUUUUCAUUUAACACAACUAUUACGUGAUGUUUAUACCGACUCCGAUCAUAACCACAACUUUUAGAUCUCUCUCAUUAAAACAAAUGCCCAUAAAAUUGCGUGAAUCGCUCUAAAUUAAGCACAAAUUUUGUAAUCACUUGUUGGGUGUAUGUUAGCAUGGCGGCCAAGAUACGACUUCGUUGUGCUAUGACUUUGGGCCAAAAAAGAAAAACACACAUUAUGGUUAUUAUGAUUUUUUGGUAAAACCGUACGAGGAAUAAGAAUCAAACAAAACCCCCCAAAAUAAUUGUUUCGUUCAAAUGGAAAUUGCAGUGAUUACUAUACGGUCCCUCAACUAUAAGUCAGAGUGUCUUUGGCUCUCACGGCCAGGAAAGGGACUGCAACUAGCACUUGAAAAAACUAACUGCACCAACUUUGUCAAGUUAAACUCCAAUGUUGUAGAAAAAUGCCCGACCAUACAUAGAUCAUGCCUUGUUUCGUUAGAUUCAUUCUAUAUCGUAGUUUUAGAGUUUUAAGUAUGAAAAGAAAAAAAAAUUGAGAAUGUUUUGUUAUCAUCUCAGCUCAGCUUCGACCAAAAAAUGUUUAAUUCGCCAUGACACAGCCACUUCCACUCACAUUCAACUGGUGAAGCCAACAACAAAACUUUAUUAAUAACAAAUAAAAUUACAAAAGUAUUGCCCGCAGCUGGCAAGGCUAUUCGAGGCGGGACAAUGCGUGCAAAAUACAAGAAAUAAAGACUAAGGCUAUUAACUAAGGAAAGUUUACAGUUAGUUACAAAUAAAUGAAAUAAAACUCGUAAUAUGGAUGCGGACUACAUAUAUUGUAAAAGUAGAAACCAAUAAGCAAGAAUUUAUUUUUCGACCUUUUUGGCUAAUUUUACCUUUUUAAUUAAGGUGGGCGAAGCCAAUUUCGUCUCCUGCACACGAGCUAAGAAACAAGGGCAUAUUUCCGCCUCUAAAUUUACUAAAAUGAUUUUCAUGGACCUUAGUUAAGUAGCCACUCACUUCAGGUGUCAGCGCCUCGUUUAGCGUGUUUUUUAGUUGUAGUCAGUUUACAGUAACGUUAGUUUAAUAUAGAUCUCAAAUCGCAGUUGAUAAAUGUUUGGCUACAAGGCUGAAAAUAUGGAUUAUUAUGAAUUGUUUAAAUUAUUAACUCAAAUUCAACUACGUUUAGUAGCUAGUCCCAGGCGCUUAGAUAGGGAGGGGUAGAAGGGGGAACCCUUUUUUUUUCGCCCUCCUCCCAGUAACCCCACCCUCAACGCUUGGUGUUAGUCAGUUCCUAUUCACUGCUCUUUGCUCCCCCCCCCAAUGUUUGAGCCUCUAGAACAGGAUACUGGUUAUAAAGAAAUAAUUUGCAUUGAUAGCAAAAAGUUUAUUUAAAUGACUUUAAUGGCGUAGUUACACUGUAGCUACUUACGUUUGAUUCGCGCCUUCUUAGUUACGCGUCUUCCUGUCUAUCAGAGCAUCGGCAAGUAAAUUCAUUACCUGUAUUUAAUUGACUUUAAAUAAGUAUUAGUUUACAGUGUUAUAGGACUCAAACACGCUUCCUGUUGCUUUGUUUAUACCUUUCUAGAACCAAUACCAAUACCCCAAGAGAGAGUGCAGAAAUUGGAUAGACUGUAAAAAAGACGAAUGCUGCAUAAGAACUAGCAGUACUAGUGGGUAUUGCAAGAAAAGGCCGCAAAAAGGGCAAAGAUGUAGACCUAUUUUGCUGGUAAGUUGUGACAACAAUAUUUUCUUCGGGGAGUGAAUUUAUUUAUUUUUAUUUUUUUUCCCCUUGUCGAAUCCGACGCAUUAGCCAGUAGAUCCUCAAAAAAACUGACAGAUUCAAACACUUCAGGAAAGUCAUGUCCUCGAAGGAAAAAUCGUGAAAUUUUGCAGCCGGCAAGAUGGAUCCAUUUUGCCCCCUCGGGUUUUUCCGCGUUGGUCCCGCAACUGAAAGGUUAUAAUUUUGCCCAUAUAAUAAAUCCUUUAUUGAACAACCUUGUUCGGUCUUGAUGACUGAAUAUUGGCCUCGUUCUUUUUUUGGCGUUUUUAUUCAUCUUGGUCAAUAAAAACUCAAAAAUAACCAGGCCAAUAUCCAGCCAUCUUGACCUCACGCUUGGUCAAUAUAGCUUGAAAUUUUAUCCCAACAGCGUACGCUCUCCUAACAAAUCACUUAAAGACUGGUUCCUUGGAAAACAUUUAAUUUUGUUUCCCUCCAAUCUCAAUGUUUCCCUCAUUGAUUCUCGGGAAAAAAAUUUAGCUUUUUCCGUCGGAACCAGUCAUAAGUGUUUAUUAUUGACCUUAACUUCAGCUUUCUGGAUUGACAUUAUCAUUGCAGCCUGGACUUAGAGACUGCCCCUGUGAUGUAGGGCUAACUUGUACCAGCUAUAAGAAGGCAAAGCGGGGCCUAAAACACAGAUGCGAACGGUUGAUAAAAGAUCCACGAAACUUUGAAGUUGAACAGCGGAAUGUUUCGAUUCAGGGUAAUACUCAAGCCUCGUGAUAUUACGUUUGAGCAACUUGGAAGAUGAAAGGAUGAGCACCAUGGAAUCAGGAAUCCAUCCACAGUCACGGUCAAACCGUACGUGGUACAACACUAACAAUUUCUCUGGACCUAACUUUCUUUGCAGUUUGGUCAAAAUUACUUUACCUUGCCAGAUAUUGAUAAGGUCAAGCUUAUUGUGCACUUAACCGUUCACUGAGAAGUGGUAAGCUGUGUGUAAUCUUUCUCCCAAAGAUUGCUUGCACUUGAAGGCACUGUAUAGCAAUUAGAUCAUUGUGAGACAUUGUAGUUCAUAUAUAUGAAACUUCAUAUACUCACUUUCAUAUGUAAAGCAUUGUUUUCACUUUGCUUGCUUUCUAUCGACGUGUGGCUGCUCGACUAAGCUCACAAACCAUUUUCUCAGGCCGAAAACUCGGUUUUCAAGAACCUUGGGUCAAACCGGACAAAUGGUUAGCGGCUUACAAAUUAGCCAUCAGGUUUAGUUAAUUUAUUAUGACUUCUUCAGUAUUUUUCUCCAAAAAUGUUAAGCGGGACUGAUUAUUUAAUUGUUUAGUUACACGCGUAGCAGGGUUUCGUGUGCAGAAGUAAAUGAAAUUCACCUUUCUAUUAAUUGUGCAGAGGUAACUGAUUAGAUUUGUCAUGGGGUUAAUCCUCGAAGACAACGUUGUCUUCUGGUGUGUUCAUAGGUUGCUUAACAACGGAAACCAAAAUAUGUACUGUGCACGUGAAUUGCUCUAACUUUUUUGGGGAACAUAGAAUAAGUGGAGAAGGGGAGCAGCCAAACGGGCAACUCAACAUGACAGGAAAUACAAAGAAAGGGUUGUGGUAAAUAGAAUUUUAUGAUGAUGAUGAUGAUGAUGUUGUUGUUGUUUUUUGGGGGAGGGGGUGGGGUUGCCGUGCUGAAUGAGAGUACAAUUCAACAAACCCCUUAGCUACUCCCGAAUGCCAUAAUAAUAUUUAGCAAACAUGCUUUGUAACAUGCCCGACAGUCAGACAGUCACCCAUACUGACUUUAGCUAAAGAGUAGAGAUAUCGUGUUCAUUUUCUCAUCUCGUAGCCGGGAACUGUAAUAUUUUUGGACGUUAAACGCAUGUUAAUUCGUAGCUAGUCCAGAUGCUUGAUCACCUCAGCAAGUCAGGCAACGUAGAAUGUAGUGUUUUGAAUCGGGAUUAACUACUUCAUAUUCCAACAAAAUGUAGCUGAAUCUGGGAAUUGCAAAAACUGCCUCGACUGUCUUCGAGAAUUAGACCCCAUUUUAUUUUACCGGGGGGGUACUCCUGAGAAAUCUUAGUGGGGGUGUGCCGCCCUGUACUCCAAAUCCUGACCCUAUUUCAGACCCAAAAAUGUCAUU